CGUUCGGGUCGGCUGGCACUUAGGGCGGACCAAUCAGCAUGAUUGGAAAACCAGCCUUCUUGACGGAAUCGGUUUAUAGCACAGACCACCCCUUUGAUGCCCACACAUUCUCUAAAUAAGCCUCGGUCCUCCUUCAGCCAUUGGCGACAAGAAACUGUGACGAUGCACCGCUAGGGGACCCGAUCGCUGCGCUCGGACCAACAGGGGACACAUACCCCACAUUAUCUGAUAAACUCUCUAGGGAGCUUUCUCAGGUAACACAAUGGAAAAUCUAAACGUUGCAGACAAUGAAACUUUUUUGCCGGUGAAUAUAACUCCCUUUUCUAACUUAACCGAAAAUGAGGAGAACAUCACGCAAGCUUCUAACAGGUUUUCCGAAGACAUUGUCAGCGCUGGAUUACAAGUCACCAGUGAUCCGAUAUCACUGAUGACCAGCGCUUUGAAAAAUACCGCCCCAGUGCACUUUCUUGGAGAUCACCCUCCUGUCACCUAUGCCACCGACAAACUUGUUGUUGCGUUUUGGGACUCUCCGCUAAGCCACGGUAUCAAUGUAUUUGUGGGGAUAGUUUUUUGCUUUACGAUGCUCGGCUUGGGCUGCACCGUUGAAAUCAGCCAGCUCGGGGAACACAUCCGCAGGCCUAUCGGAGUGCUGUUGGCUCUUGUGUGCCAGUUCGCCAUCAUGCCCCUGGUGGCGUUCCUCUUGGCCCUAGCCUUUUCACUGGACGAUGUAGCAGCUAUCGCAGUGCUACUGUGUGGUUGCUGCCCCGGCGGGAACCUGUCCAACAUUUUGACUCUCCUGGUUAACGGAGAGAUGAACUUGAGCGUCAUCAUGACCAUUUCUUCCACCCUGCUGGCGCUGGUGCUCAUGCCGCUCUGCCUGUGGUUGUACAGCCGCGCCUGGAUCAACACCCCAGUUGUGAACCUCUUGCCUUUUGGAGCGAUCAUCCUUACUCUGUGCAGCACGUUAAUCCCCAUCAGUUGUGGCGUGGCUCUCAGAUACCGCUACACACGGAUCGCUGACAUAAUCUUAAAGAUCUCACUGUGGUCCUUGCUGGUGACCCUGGUGAUGCUGUUCUUCAUGACGGGUGCCAUGCUGGGCCCUGAGCUUAUAUCUAAGAUUCCACCCUCUGUGUACCUGGUGGCGGUGCUCAUGCCACUUUCUGGCUAUGCGGGAGGCUAUGGCCUGGCUGCGCUGCUCGACCUACCUCCUAACAGCCGCCGGACUGUCUCCCUGGAAACGGGCUGCCAGAAUGUACAGCUCUGUACUGCCAUCCUCAAACUGGCCUUUCCGCCUGACCUGAUGGGCGGAAUGUACAUGUUCCCACUCCUCUACGCGCUCUUCCAGGCAGCCGAAGCUGCCGUCUUCAUACUGGUCUACAGGAUUUACCGGAGAGAAGUCCUUCACAAACAAGAAUUUCCGGAGGAUGGCGAUGAUACGAACAUCACAUAUAAGACACUGAGAGAAGAGGAAAAUGGUUUUGAUACUGCUUAUGGAGCAGUGACAGUGAGCGACCCAAAUUCUAUCAUGAUGGAACCCCAGCCAACCCCGGCUGAGGUUUAACAUCAAUCACACCAAUAACAUCACUAGCAUCUUUUGAGCACAUAUGGAGUCAACAUGUACAUUGCUGUUGUAUAACCCACAAUGCCCAUGCAUACAUUUACCAUUUGCAUGGCAAAAGAUGCGUUUAUUAGCAUAAUGCCCAUAGGAACAUCAGCUUUGUGAUGAAUGGUAUAAAAGUAACGGCUGGAAUAUUAUUAUUAAGAAAGUGCUGCAGCCAUAUUAUUUCAACAGUCAUCCCUCUUACGGUGCACCAGUAACUUCCAGUAUUCAUAAUUUUCUACGAAUGGGCAUAAAGCAAAUUAAGUAAUAUUUGUUGAAAUGUAUAUUCAAAAAAUGUAUAUUUAAACUAGCCUCAACUAUCAUAAGGUUAUAUUUUGAAAAACAAACAAUGUGAAGGUGAACAAACAUGCUUGAAGUUGUGUGUAAAAACUGGCUGCUGGGUGUGGAAGCUGGCAUCACUAAAGUGUAAGGAAAGUUCUGUAUUCAUACAGAUCACAAUUGGUCUGAGACUGUGGUGAUUUACUGUGACACCCAGCGGACUCUGGAUUCAUAAGCCACCAAUGGUAAGCUCUGCUGAGCAGAGCAUAGAGAGUGUUGGACAGCCAGCAUCCAGGACAAAUGCAGAACUUACGUUUUGAUUUCUCAGGGCCACAUCGGCUGUGUCCCACUGACCUUCAAAUGUCAGACAGCAAAAUCCUCAACAAAUCCAAAUAUUUGUGUAACAUGCAUUAACAUAUAAUUUAAUAAACAUACAUUAAAAACAA